AAUACAGUGAAUCCAGCACAAUCUGAUGCAUUUUCACUUGUUAAUUAUUAGUUCCUCAAAUUCCAGUGGGCUUUGAGCGUCCUCAUCAUUCCGUUUUAUCAACUUUUCCCCCAAAUAUUCUUUUUGGGAUGCUCGUGCACUCGUGCAUUUGAAGACUACACCGUUUAGCUCUCAAGUUGGCAUCACUCCCUCUGCCGUUUCUUGCGCUUUCUGUGUUUUUCUUGGAAUUCAAUGGAGAAAACAGAUGCAGAUGCAGAUGCAGAUGCUGGAGUUCGAAGUGAUGGAGAGUCCUUGUCGGAUCCUGCUCAUUAUCAUCGUCUACAGACAUGCACAGGAAAUGAAAAAGCUGAUAAUUGCUCCUUGCUUCUGCAGUCCAGACGACCAAGCCUCACCUCUUUGCAUAUACCAGUAAGGUCAAUAGAAAGUGCGUUAUCAUCUUCUGCAAAGACGGAGGUUCUAUCACUGUCAAGUCCAGGUUCCUUCCGAGGAGGACUGCCUCCAAGACCUAGUUCAACCAGAGUCAAGUCUUCCAUGAGAAGUUUACUUCCUCAGAGGAGCUUAAAGGCAAAAAAUUGUUCUCCAGAUUGUGAAAGGGAAGUUCUCAUUGUUUCUGAUAUUCCCUCAUCAGAUGGAACUUUGCAUAAGCCUUCAGCUUCAAGGUCCCUUUCUUUUAAUAAGGUUCUGUUCUCUUCAUCAACAAAAACAUCAAAUUCAUUACCGGUCACACCAAUUGCAAAUACAGUUGCAGAGACUGUGCAUGGAAGUCAUCCAGGAAGCGGUCCUGACCUAAGUAAAGUGGAAGUCAAGCAUCACAUGACUCGAUCAUUUUCAGUUCCAGUUAAUAUCAAAUCCUCUAGUUUAAAGCGAACAGGUUCUAGUGGUUUGAUGCGAGUAAUUUCAGCAAGACCACAUCCUGCAGCUGUUAAUGGCCAUUCAUUUGAUAAAGCUUCAGUGCCAGAGAUUGUUCCAGCAAUUGAAGAUGCUACUGAGGACAUUCCUGAAGAAGAAGCAGUUUGUAGGAUUUGUUUAAUGGGGCUGGAAGAAGGGGGGGAUACCCUUAAGAUGGAGUGCAGUUGUAGAGGAGACCUUGCGCUUGCUCACCAAGAGUGUGCAGUGAAGUGGUUUAGUAUAAAAGGAAACAAGACAUGUGAUGUUUGCAAGCAGGAUGUCCAAAAUCUUCCAGUGACUCUGUUGAAAAUCCAAAGUCCUCAUCCUACUGCUGGACGGUCAUCAAAUACCCCACAGGAGACAGAAGUUUCUUUUCACAGGAUCUGGCAGGAUGUACCGGUACUUGUCUUGGUCAGCAUGCUAGCUUAUUUUUGCUUUUUAGAGCAACUUCUGGUUUCAGAUAUGGGUCCUCGUGCUCUUGCCGUCUCACUUCCUUUUGCCUGCACAUUUGGCCUCAUCGCAUCUUUGCUUGCUUCAACCUUGGUGAGCAGGGAUUACAUGUGGGCUUAUGCUUGCUUCCAGUUUGCAAUUGUCAUCCUGCUGGCUCAUGUAUUUUACACUAUACGUAAAUUAAAUGGGAUUCUCUCGGUUAUGCUUUCUUCACUUGCUGGAUUUGGGAUUGCAAUGGUUGUAAACUAUCUGCUCAAGGAAUUUUUAAAUUGGAGAUUUAGAAGGCAGAUACAAUCUAUUAACCAUACCCUAACGGAGCAGGAACAAGGACAGCAUAAUAGGCGGCAAAGACAGCAGCAAGAGCAACAUCAAUAAUGGUACCUCCGAUGUUAUCCGUGGGAGAGAGAAUGGGGUGACUGAUGUUGUCCAUGGGAACCAUCCAUGUGGGUCCCACACUUUGUCUUCCUCUCCCUCUCACCCUCCCCCGUUAAGUUUUUGCUAUUUCUGCAUAAGUGUGUGUCAAUAUAUUUUGGGAUGUAGGCCUUUGCAUGCGCAAGGAUAAUGUAAAUAAUUUGAGUCAUUCCAUCUAUGUGCAGUUUAAGCUGUUGAUGGGGAGUGUGUGAUGUGUCCUGUUGAUUUAGAUGUACUUGCUUUUAUGUAUUUCGCUUUUUACA